CUGGGCCUGCUGGCGCUCGGUUUGGGCCACUGCCCUUUGAAACGGGUGUCCUGACGGACGUCAAGGCUCCGCCCCUAUUCCCCGUGUCGAUUCUGUCGCUAUUGCGACCGCUGGGUUCAGGCCCGAACAGGAGUCCGGCGCAGGAGUCACGAAUUGAUCAACGCCUCCAUCACAGCGCCCCAUGGCCGCCUCCAGUCUCGUCGUCAGCAGAACCUGGCGGGUUUGACUGCUGAGGCCCGAUACGGGCCAGAGGAUCCAACACCACCAGGGACUCCUGGUCCAACAGCUCCCCGCCCUGGCCAGCAUCUCGCUCACGGCAGCUUCACGCUCACUCGCAGAUAGUUCUUCCGCCUCUGAUGCAGAAUUUGAUGCUGUGGUUGGAUAUUUAGAAGACAUUAUCAUGGAUGACGAGUUCCAGUUAUUACAAAGAAAUUUCAUGGACAAGUACUACCAGGAGUUUGAUGACACAGAAGAGAAUAAACUCACCUACACGCCUAUUUUUAACGAAUAUAUUUCUUUGGUAGAAAAGUAUAUUGAAGAACAACUGCUGGAGCGGAUUCCUGGAUUUAACAUGGCGGCCUUCACAACAACUUUACAGCACCAUAAAGAUGAAGUGGCUGGUGACAUAUUCGACAUGCUGCUCACGUUUACUGAUUUUUUGGCUUUUAAAGAAAUGUUUCUGGACUACAGAGCAGAAAAAGAAGGCCGAGGACUAGACUUAAGCAGUGGUUUAGUGGUGACAUCAUUGUGCAAAUCAACCUCUCUGCCAGCUUCCCAGAACAACCUGCGGCACUAGGUCCCACCCCCGGCAAUGAGAUUCGUGUGGAUGUCAGCAGCCCGGUGCACAGUGCACGGGGAGAGGCUUCUGCUAGUGACGGAAGAAUAGACCUUGGGGCGAUCGGCUCUGUUCUGCAACUCUUCAUUAAUGUCAAGUGUUGAUGGGUGAAAAAAAAAUUACAUGACCCUCCUGGAACCCAUUUCUUCAGAAAAACCUUGUGUUCAGUAACCCUAGUACUCCUACUCCUAGGGGACAUCUCUCUCAGGGCCUUGAGUCAGGCUCCUCUGGACAAGUCCACAUCCAGCAUUCCACCUGGGGGCCCUUCCCCACACAUGGUGUAUCAGCACGAAAGUUUCAGUGGUUUUACUGUUUGGGAACAUUUAUCUAGGGCAUUCCUCAGGCCAGCUGCCUGUCUUGAAAGUUCUGGAGCUCCUGUUGUCACAGCAAAUCUUGGCUGGAGGAUCCAACUGAGAGAGAUGUCCUUUACCUAAAACUACAUGUCAAAGUCAGUUCCUAGUCUUACAUUUGCUGUCCCUGUGUUACUGUAUCUUCUGCUGGUCCUGAUAUAGCCCCCAGUUUCUAGAACUCUUCAAGCAUUUUUGAAAAAAAUAUUUUUAUAGAUGAAUACUCAGGCUGACCUAGUGGAUAUAAUCUUGAAAGUUCCAUGAUUACCCACUUCAAGAUCAAAGUAUUAUAUGCUGUGUGCUUUUUAGUUGCUAGUGUCGUGAAAGUGAAAAUGCUGUGUCAGUGUGCCAGUGAGUGUGUGCUUGUGCUGGGAGUAACUAAACGUGUCUUUCUUUAUAGCAUGUUGCGUGUUUGUGCAGGUUUGCUUAAACUCUUUCUAUAUAAAUCAGCUUGUUAGGUUUUCUGUUGGGGUAGAAGGUCUGCAAUUCCUUUCCUGUCAAAAUCUUCCCACCAAGACAGUGUUCUGGUCUAGCUCCGCGGAGUGGGAAAGUGCAGCUGCUUCACUGCUCACCCGCCUGCGGUUCAGCACAUUCGCUCAGCACUGUGUUUGAGAGCAUUGCUGACCAGAAAACAUGGACAUCACCUCUCGAGAGAGAAAACCAGUUCAGUUCCCAACAUGUAUGUACCUUAGAUUUCUUUUAAAAAUAAGAAUCUGUACUAACUUUUCACUUGGCUGUUCUGGUUUAAAGGAUGAGCUAUAUAGGCUAUGUGUUUUCUGUACUGAUGUGGCGCUUAUAAAUACUUUUGUGCCAUGAGUAAUAUUUGAGCUGUUUUGUAAGAGCCCCGAUUCUCAACCAACCGUCCCCUUUCUUUACUGUAACUGCUGCCAUCACGUUAGUAUUGCUUUGAUCCUUGAAGCCAAAGGCACUCAGAGCUGGCUUUUUUAAAAGCUGCAGCCCCUGGGCUUGCUUCCCCUGGUUCCUUUCAUCAGCGGGACCGCCCGGUGCAGGCUGGGUGUGUGGGAAGUACGAAGAAGACCUGUUGGUCAGUUCACCUGGUUGAGAAAAGGCAGGUAGACACGUCCAGAGAUGAGAUUAUGAAAAAGGAAUGAGGAAAAAAGGCAAAUGGUUAUUUUCAUCAUUUCCCACAUGGAGAAAGAAGCAGGCAAGCUUGUUUUAGUUUAUUUUAUAUUGUUAAUUAUUUUGAUUGAAGGGAGAGGG